AUGGCAGCCAAAGCAGGAGACAACCCUGACAGCCUCAUGACUCUGGCAACGAUCUUCUGCCUGAGGAACCUUAGGAAGACCAUGUGCUACCAGGGACUCAGGAACAAGCUCUGUCUGCGCUCGGACAUCUUCCUUCCCAGCGAAAUCUGCGACAAGCUCGUCAACACAUACAUGGAGUUGGUCCACACAGACAGUAACUUUGAACCAGAGGAGAGCUUCUUCCAACUAUUCUCAGACCCUCGAAGCACCAGACUGACCAGGGUACAGCUGAGAGAAGACUGUGUACGUGACAGAGAUCUGGAGGCCAUUAAAAAACAGGACCUGAUUGAGCUCCACCUCACCUACUGCAACAGUCUGUCAUCCCGUAGCUUGAAAACACUCACCUGCUUCCGUGAGACCUUGGUGUCUCUUUGUCUCUUCGGCUGCAGUCACAUAUUCUACAGGAAGGGCGGCGCCCCACUCGCCUGCAACGAGGACACCGAAGACGAGGAGGAGGAGAGCCCUGCUUCCAGGCAGGCAUUAGAGACGGACUUUAACUUCCAGGGGUUCAACCGCCUCAGGUUGCUCAACUUAGGCGGCCUGCCUGACGAGGUGGAUGCUGAGAGCCUGCUCAAACCCCUGAAGUCACUCACCUCACUAGAUCUGUCUAAUGUACAAUUGCUGGGGACAGCUUUUCUCACCCAGUGGAAAGACAGACUGGCAUCUCUUGUUCUCUACAAUGUGGACCUGUCAGAGGAGUUGGUCAGUACAGUGGUGGAGAUCACUAAUCUCAGGCAUCUUGACAUCUCGCGGGAAAGCAGGCGGACUUCUAAGUUUAAGAUGACCAGGAAAAUCCUGACGGCCAUCGUGCAGCGUCUGGUCAACCUGGUGUCACUGGACAUCUCAGGUCACAUUAUGCUAGACAACUGCACAGUUCCACACUUUGAAGAAGCUAUGGGCCGGCCAAGCAUCGAGCCGUGCAAGAGCAGCAUCUAUCCUUUCCAGGAGCUGAAGAGGCCGCUGCAGUUUCUGGGCUUGUAUGACACCACCCUCUGUAAUGUGACACACAUCCCUGCUUAUAAGGUGACUGGAUCAAAAAAUGAAGACCAGGUUCUGAACGCCAUUGAGGCUUACACAGAGUUUCGCCCUGAGCUGGCCCACAGAGCCAUCAAUCAGCUGUUUGACAUCGCCAGGAUACAACACUGCAGCCAACUGCUCCGAGCUUUGCAACUCGUCAUAGCAGCAUUGAAAUGCCAUAAAUAUGAUAAGAGCAUCCAGGUGACGGGCAGUGCUGCCCUGUUCUACCUGACCAACACAGAGUACCGCAGUGACCAGAGUGUGCGGUUGCGCAGAGAGGUCAUUCAAGUGGUGCUAAAUGGAAUGGAGCAGUACCAGGAGGUCACCGUUCAGAGGAACUGCUGCUUGACCCUGUGUAACUUCAGUAUCCCAGAGGAGCUGGAGUUCCAGUACAGUCGGGUCAACCAGCUGCUGCUGAAAAUCCUGGAGCCGGCCAGGCAGGAUGAGUCCAUCCAGAGAAUUGCUGUGCAUCUCUGCAAUGCUUUGGUCUGUCAGGUGGACAAUCAUCACAAGGAAGCUGUAGGAAAGAUGGGAUUUGUCAAGACGAUGUUGAAUCUAAUCCAGAAGAAGCUACAGGACAGAAUGUGUGACCAGGUGAUGGAAUUUUCCUGGAGCGCUCUGUGGAACAUCACCGAUGAGACGCCCGACAACUGUCAGAUGUUCCUCAACUGUCGGGGCAUGAGUCUCUUUCUGGAGUGUCUACAGGAGUUUCCAGACAAGCAGGAGCUUCACCGCAACAUGUUGGGGCUUCUGGGAAAUGUUGCAGAGGUCAAAGCACUGAGGCCACAGCUGCUCACCCCACAGUUCAUCACUGUAUUCAGUAACCUGCUGGACAGUAAGGCAGAUGGGAUCGAGGUGUCGUACAAUGCAUGCGGUGUGCUUUCACACAUCAUGUUUGAUGGGCCGGAUGUUUGGUCGAUGGAAGAGCCGCGAAGAGACACGGUGAUGGACAAGAUGUGGGACGCCAUCCAGAGCUGGGACGUAAGCUCACGCCGCAACAUCAACUACAGGUCAUUCGAGCCCAUCCUGCGACUGCUGCCCCAGUGCAUCUCCCCUGUCAGUCAGCACUGGGCCACAUGGGCUCUCUUCAACCUGGUGUCAGUUUACCCGAGCAAGUAUUGUCCCCUGCUGAUAAAGGAAGGAGGAGUAAGUCUUCUAGAGAAAGUUCUCGAACUGGAAAGCUCACACCCAGAAACCAAGGACAUGGCCAGCAAAGUAAUGGAGCAGUGUGAAACCUUCAAAGAAGACCCCAUGGAAACGAAUAGCGGACAGGAGGUAAACUAUGGACAGAGAGGUUGACACACCACGGGAUCCAUGAUUUCCAGCAAACUUCAGACAAACCAACCUAAGGCCUGUCAUCACCACAAGGGUCAAUUGUGUGCAUUAUUCUUAUCAUUCUUAUUAUUUUGUAGAGCAGAAAUGUGUCUCUGACCCUCUUCACAGCAGUUUGGACAAAAAACCUUAAUAUAUGACACAUAGGACUUAAGACGUGGUGCAUGGUGUUUUGUUGUGAGGGUGCUUACCUUUGCUACACAUGAGCAUCUCUUCUGUCGGGACGGGUUUGUGGGGGUGGGUUAUCUCAGUGUGUGUGUGUGUGUGUGUGUGUGUGCGCGUGUGUGUGUGUGUUAAAGAUUUAACAACAGAACAAAACAGUUGGAGUGAUGCUUGGUCUCAGUGGAAGGAAACAGAACAGCCCUCCCCGGCUCACUGCUAUUAACUGUGUAACAUAGAACAAAAAGUGUAAAGGCCGUGUAGUUGUCCUGCACCGCCAUCAGAGGUCUCAGCUCUCGCGCUGCUCUGAGCUGUUGACACGGUGAAUUUAAUAUAGCCAUUAUGUGUGUAGGCUGCAGAGAAGCAUCACACUGAUGUUGACGGGAGGGGAAGUCUUCCCAGACUUUGUGGCACAAUGAUUUUCUUUGUUAUAUAUGUAAAUAUUCUCUGUCUCAUCCUUUUACUGUGUGUAUGUUUUAUAACUGUAAACACUCAUGACUUUACUCUGUAUUUAAAUUUGUUUAAAUUUUGACUGACAUAUGGUCAGUGCUAAGAAACUAUAUACAGAAUACCCAAUCAUUCAAAUGUAGUCUGGCAAUCCUAUUUACAUUUAGUGGCUUCUGUUUUUUUAAUUGUCUGGCAUUUUAAUCUGAUUCUGUUAAUUCUCUUUAUUGGAAGCAGCAGUGAGAGAGGUCAAAACACACAAAGUAAAUACACUUUAUACAGCCAAAAGUAUGAGGACACUAUAGGCCCACUAUGCACAAAGCCAGGUUCUUAAAGAAAUGGUUUUCCCAGUUUGGUGUGGAAGAACUUGACCGGCCCUCCCAUCCGAUGGGAUGAACUGGAACGCUGUUACUGUGUGCCAGACCUUAUCACCCAACAUCAGCGUUGGACCUCUAUUAUCUGAAUGCGAGCAAAUCAUCUGGAGCCUGAAACCAGAAGAGUGGAGGCUGUUACAGCAGCAGUUUAGUGCCCGUGGUUUUGAAUGAGCUGUUCAACCAUCACAUGUGGGUGCAAUGUUCAAAGAGUACUGCAUUUCACUCCUGUAUAUCAUUGUAGGACUCACGAUGGCCAGUUU